CUCGUUUUCCUUUCGGGCCACGCGCGGCCGGAAGUGGUGGUCGCUGUGGAGAAUUCGGGAUGGGGACCUCCCUGGACAUCAAGAUUAAAAGAGCGAAUAAAGUUUAUCAUGCCGGGGAAAUGCUCUCCGGUGUGGUGGUCAUAUCUAGUAAGGACUCAGUCCAGCACCAGGGAGUAUCUUUGACAAUGGAAGGCACUGUAAACCUCCAGCUCAGUACCAAAAGUGUGGGUGUGUUUGAAGCUUUCUAUAAUUCUGUUAAGCCUAUCCAGAUUAUCAACACCACCAUAGAAAUGGUGAAGCCGGGGAAAUUUCCCAGUGGGAAAACAGAAAUUCCUUUUGAAUUUCCUCUGCAUGUGAAAGGCAACAAGGUUCUGUAUGAGACUUAUCAUGGCGUGUUUGUCAACAUUCAGUAUACACUGCGCUGUGAUAUGAGGCGGUCUCUGUUGGCCAAGGACUUGACAAAGACCUGUGAAUUCAUCGUUCACUCAACUCCUCAGAAGGGGAAGUGGACUCCAAGUCCUGUGGACUUCACCAUCACACCUGAAACCUUACAGAAUGUCAAAGAGAGAGCCUUGCUCCCCAAAUUUCUCAUCAGAGGACAUCUUGACUCCACUAACUGUGUCAUCACGCAGCCACUAACAGGAGAGCUGGUGGUGGAGACCUCGGAGGCCGCGGUCCGCAGCAUCGAGCUGCAGCUGGUGCGUGUGGAGACCUGCGGAUGUGCAGAAGGCUAUGCCCGUGACGCCACAGAGAUUCAGAAUAUUCAGAUCGCCGAUGGGGAUGUCUGUCGGAGCCUCUCUGUCCCCAUACACAUGGUCUUCCCCAGGCUGUUCACCUGCCCUACGCUGGAAACUACCAACUUCAAAGUGGAAUUCGAGGUAAACAUCGUUGUGCUUUUUCAUGCUGAUCACCUCAUCACGGAGAACUUCCCACUGAAGCUUUGCAGGACAUAGGCCACGAGGAGAGAAGUGCAGAGCAUGGGAGUGGCCAUGUGGAAAUCCAGCUGGUUCUCUGACGUUUACAGGGAGCCAAAGCCGGCAGCACAUACUUGUUUUUGUGAUUAUUCUGUAUCAGAAAUGAAUCUGACUCUUCAAAUUA